AUGUCGACGUCAAAGAAAUGCCGGCAAGCGAGAGCCGUCAGGUUUGCUGAUAAAAACAAUUGCUUUUUGACAUUGCUGUUGUCGUUAUCGUCGUGGUUGUCGAAGCUUAAUAUCAAGUAGCUACCACGUAGUUUUAAUUAGAACUAUGUAAAAUUAAGCUACAUAUACAAAAACUGUACAAAUAAAAGAGUUGUUUAAACAAAAAUAUCACUGAAAAGCACUGAUCCCGCAAUACAAACUAAGAGCUAUAAGCUAAGAAACCCCCAUGAACCCUUAAAGGGGAACUUCCGUUGUUAAGCUUACAUCCCUACUGUUCUUCCUUUCAAAUCUUGUACGGAAGAGACUUUGGAAUACCCUAGUGGAUUUCUGAAACAGUUGCCCCUCAAGUUACAUUCCGACAAGUGUAAGCUCACACUUGGGAGAUUAACGAAUUCUGAGCGAAACGCUCGUCUUUGUUCACCAACAGGACGAUUCUCUAUCCACCUAUAUGUAAACAAGCCUACGUAGCUCUAGACUGACAAUCAUUACACACGGCUUUUGGGACAGAAGCAAAAAAACCUACAAUCGGCAUCCAACUAAUUAUGCAGAGAAAAGUUUUUAUUAACGAUGAAAUACUACUAUAAAAACGAGCGAUUUUCAAGACCAUAAGCCCCGUAAUAACAACAUGUACAGCAACGACAACAACCUCAACAACUACGGCAACUACAACAUCUACAGCAGCUACAACAACUAAACAAAUGCAGCAACUACACAACUACAGGAACUACAAUAAUUAAACAACUACAACAACUACAGCAAGUACACAAUUACAGCAACUACAGAAGCUACAGCAACUACAGUAACUACAACAACUACAACAACUACACAACUACAGCAACUACACAACUACAGCAACUACAAGAACUACCAUAACUACGCAACUACAAGAACUACAAGAACUACAGCAACUACACAACUACAGCAGCUAUACAACUACGGCAACUACACAACUAAAACAACUACAGGAACUACACAACUACAGCAACUAAACAACUACAAUAACUACACAACAACAGGAACUACACAACUACAACAACUCCAGGAACUACACAACUACAGCAACUUAACACAACUACAGUAA